GCGAUUUUUCACAAGGAAACGAAGCCACAACGGGUCAUUCUCACACUAGUCAGCAGCAGUAACUGUGAAAUAAUAAUGCCGUUCAUAAAUGUAGAAACCAAUUUACCUGCAAGCAAGUUUCCAGAAGACUUGCUGAAAGGACUCUGUACUACAUUGGCUGCAGCUUUGGGGAAACCGGAAGACAGGAUGAAUCUGGUGGUGAAGACUGACCUGCCGAUGAUGAUCUCGGGGUCCAGCUCCCCGUGUUUGUUGAUGUCCUUGUCUGCCUUAGGAGUGACUGAUACUGCGGAGAAAAAUAAGGAGCAUAGCGCCAAAAUCUUCCAGUUUCUGAAAGGAGAGCUUGGGCUUAGCGAUGACCGUAUUUUGAUAUUGUUCUACCCUCUGGAGCCAUGGCAGAUUGGAAAGAAAGGAACAGUGAUGAGCUUCUUAUAAGACUUCACAUUCUUUUAUGUGUGAUUCCUGUUUGGGAUUCAACUAGCUGGACACGCAUUGCUCCUGGAUGAUAGGACCGUUUUGUUCUUAUAGGAAUAAGAAUAUUUCCUGAUUUUCUUGAAUAGUAGCCUGUGAUUUAAAAAUAAUCACUUUACUAAAAUAAAUAUAAAAUGCAUUUAGCAUUUUGAUAGGAAAUCAAUAUAUUGGGUUGGAUGUGUCUAUUUUUAGACAAUAAGGAAAAUAAGUCGAUCAAGUUAUAUUAUAUAGUUAAUUGUUUGAAUUGCUCAGUGUUAAUCACUUUUCCAGAGAACGUGCCAUAUUCAAUCAAUCAGUUCAUCUGUCAAACACAUCUACGGGUCAAAUCAGACCAUAAUGACCAGCUUACAAAAGCCAUAGAAAUAUCCAUAACCAUGUAGUCAGCUGAGGACAAAAAGUGAGUUUUGAUUUACACAGAUGUCAGUUGCAUAGCACAGAGUAUAAGUGCACACAAAAUGUCUUUAUCAUCAGCUGUGUUUGUUAAGUACAUGGAUUCAGAAAUUUGCUAAAAAAAAUUAA